AUGUCGUCCCCAUCAUCAAUCGACUCAAUCCCCACCCCAGACCACUGCACAGCCGACUUUUGCCUAAUUCCAAUAGGAACAGGCUCCGCCUCAGUAUCCGCACAAAUCGCCGAUGUGCAACGACUAAUCGAAAGAUCGGGCCUAAAAUAUGUGAUGCACUCUGCCGGAACGACGUUGGAAGGACCGUGGGAUAAAGUGCACCGAGUCAUUGGCCAGGCGCAUACGAUAUUGCAUCAGCAGGGUGUUGUGAGGAUUCAGUCUGAUAUUAGGAGUGGGUCCAGGAUUGAUAAAGUGCAGUCGUUUGAGGAUAAGGUUGCGGCUGUUAAUAAAUUAUUGGGCAAGGAGUGA